GAUAAGGUUCCACUGGCCACGGCCAGGCGUGACUACGAUUCUGCACGGGUGGUAUUAAUUUUCAAAAUGAGUCGGUUGGUAUGAGGCAGUUGAGUCAAUUCUACAAUUAUUUGUUAUCAAUUGUUCUAAUAAGGAAUGCCAUAAAAAAAUUGCAUCUGGGCGUGAUUGAGUGGAUCGUUACUCUCGAGUAAUAAUUUCAUUAUUGUAUCAUUAACUUGAUACGAGUUCUACUUUAUUAUCUCUUUCUUAUAAAACAAUGGAAAAGCGGCUCGAAAUUCCAAACACUGAUUGGGGCAAGCUGCUAUUCUUUGGGGCAUUCGAAUGAAGUUGGACCUCUUGAAUUGUUGCCACUGUAAUAUUUUUGUAUUGCGGUUAUUGGAUGUGGUUAGAGGUUGCCAAGACAGUAGAGACAUCUAGAAAACGAACUAUUGGUGUGCAGUAGUCUGAAACGUGUGACCAGCAGCACCAAGAAUUAAAAUGGAUGUGGAUAAUUUUCAAUCAAAUGAAGAUUCAGGUGUUCCUCAAACUCAAAUUGUGGAUUCAAACCCUGGAAGUCCACAGAAAUCUCCCAAAGAGAGGUUAGUAGAUUUGUUGGACCAAGUGGAAAUGCAUGUUGAAAGAUUACGAAGAGAUGCAUUGAAAUUAGAAGAGGAAAAAGAUACUCUUCUGACUACUCUUGAUACCCUUAGAAAUUCAGAAAUGAUGAUUGAUUUGACAGAAGGUGACAGAGAGGAAAUUCAACAAUAUGCUGAACAUAUUGGGAAUAGAUGUUUGACUGUUGAUGUAUCUGUUAAAACUACUAGAGAUGGGACACAGGAGGAGGCUCUCCAUCAAGUAAACAGUUUUAUUGAUGGACUUGUAGUGACUCUCCGGGCAGAUCCAUUUGGAACAAAAACUCGCUGCAUUGCAUUCAUGAAUGCUUGUUCUUCUCAACAUCACGAGUCGGCUGAUAAAAACUUUGAAAGUGCUAUAUUAGGUUGCACCUUAGAUGACCAGAAGAGAGUAAAAAAGCGUUUACAAGGCUUGUUGGAUUACAUUGAUCACCUGUCCAAGUAAAUGAUGUAAAGCCGUGUGCAACUCUUUUAAUUUAUGAAAUUAAUACCACCAUUGCCUUGACUUCAUUUUGGAGGAGACUUGUACAUGAAAAAAGGAUAAGAAUGUACCAAUACUUUUUUGAGUUUUUGCAGUGAUUUGUUGUAACCAUGGUAACUUUUCACAUUCAUUGCAUUAUGUCACAAAUUUCAGUGCCACUUGGGCAAUCAUUUUAACUUUACACCUGUUUACAGGGUAUUUGUUUGAACAUAAAAUAUUCUUGUUACAAAUAUUUAGUAUUUUGUUCAAGAAACUUAAAUGGAAAUUAAAAUCCUGUUGUUGUUUUGUUUUAAUGUGAAAUUGUAAAUUGAAAAUAUCACCAAAUGUAAUAAGGGUUUGUCGGAGAAAAAGUAGUGAUUCCAUAUUGAAGCAGUUAUUAAUUUACCGCCUUUAAGACUUGCCUUACAUAUUUAAAAAGUCAAAAAUUGACUGACGAGAUGUAUACUAUGUAACUGAAUUUUAUUGUGUGUAAAUAUGUUGCAAUUUAAUUCAGUAAAUCAUGUUUGUUGAAUUUAAAUUAUGAAUUCCAAUGUUUUGUGCCUAAAUAAUGCUGGAAAAUAAUACUUUACCAAAGGAAGUUGGUAUAUUUGCGAUGAAGUACUUAAUUUUGUGAAUUGUGCUACGAUUUGAAACCUCUUUGCAUCUCCUAAAGUAACCACUUCACUACAACUUUCAAUGUUUGUGGAGUGAUUAGGUUAGCUGUUUAUCUCGGGAAACAUUAUUAGUAAUUGUAAUAAUUUGUCUAUUUUAGGGAAGGUUCAGAAAUCAGUGUAGGUAUUCAAACAAGAUUUAAUCGAGUGUUGGUGCAUGUGAAGCAGGGAAGCACCUUUGAAAGAAAGAGUUAGAAAUCAUAUAAAAGUAUUAUGUACUUUAAAGUUCUUGAAAUUUUUAGAAUAAAAUAGAAAUUUUGAGACUACUGACUGACUGGUUUCUAACAAAUAAGGUUUUUGAGUGUUAUUUUAAGACAAGCUUUUGUCACAUAUUAGACUGAUUUUAAUGUUUCAUGUUUCUUUUUAAUUGUCUGUAGUUGAAAAUAAUCAUAAAUGUGUUCCGUUUACAAUUUUAGUAUGUCUUUGUUUAUGGAACAAUCAGUCAUUGAAAUGAUUCACAUGGGCUUUAUGCUAAGGCAAAAAACUAUCAUUACCUAUUGCAGUAUUGAAAAAGUCACAAGGGAUUCAAUAUGUCAGAAAAAAGAAACAAAUUAAAUUUUCGACUUCAAUAUAGUGCAGAACUUAGACAGUCGGGCUUCUGCCAUAUUUUUUCUAGAGAGAAUUGAAUUUUAAACUCCCCCAAAUUGAAUGCAGCUAUUAACUAGGUGUGUUUACAAUUCACUGCAAUUUGAACAUAUAUUGUAACAUUUCUGUUGAAAUUCAGUAUCGUGAUUCCUUGGCUAAUUUAUUUUCAUGACAUUGCCUUUAUGUCAAAGAGUGUAGAGGAUUUGUUAAUUUAGAAAAAAAAAUAUAAAGUUUGUUUUAUUGAAGUCAUACUAACGUGAUUUUUCAUGUUAGAGAAAACCUAAUUAAAUUUUGAAAAUCUUUAUUUUUAACAUUUCUGAUUUCCCAUUAAUGUCAGGGUAAAUUAGACUGAAAUUUAGAAUUAAUCUUUAUUUUGUUAAAAUAAGUUUAGAUGUUAAUAAUAAAUUCAGGCAGAACUACUCAUCCAAUUAAUAAUUUUGUCUAUCAUAUGAUCCUACACUGAAACCUUUUAAAAUGUUUUUUGCUGCUUACUGCAGCACCUGAACUAAGAGCCACAAAUCACUAUGUACUAAUUAAAGGUGAAGAUCUAAUUUGUAUUGCUAGGAAUCUCAUUGGAGAUGGUAUUUCAAAGAGGAGUGUUCCCUGACUGAUUAAAUCCAUGUGCCCUUGUGAGAUUUAAAGCCCAUAUACAAAUUUCAUUAUUCCAUGGACAAAAAGGCUACAGCUGAUUUUCAUUAGGAUUGUUAUUAAAAUAGGUUUCAGGAACAAGUUUUCGCUUUGCCAGACAGUAGUUUUAUAAUGGUCAUUUCAGGACUGCAAACUCAUUCUGUUCAGGCAUUUCCACAGUACAAAUUCAGAUUUACUAGUAUGUUGUUAGCUUCAAAUUGGAUUAGAUAUUGUAAUUUAGUGGACUAUCUAUACUCACUUUCACAUUCUCAUGAGAAGCAUAAUAAAAAUUGAAUUGGCAGAGUGCAUCAACAUUACAUUCAGUUUUCUCAUAUGUAUAGUGGAAAGAGAUAUUUGACAAUGUUUUUUUUAAGGUUAUGGAGGGGGAACCACUUGCCUUUUAUGUAUACUUUUUUUUUCCUCACAAAAAAAAUCUUUAUUCAAAAGCUUGAUGGUAUGAACACUUCAGUAAAACUAUUCACAAUUACUCACUAUUCACGUUAUUUUUUCUCCAUGACAAUAAUGAAGGCCAUGACAAAUGUAGGAAAUAGUGUGGUCACUUUUAUUCCCACAUAAAAAAAUAAUUAUGCAGCUGAAUACAUAUGGGGACUACAUAACUGCUGUGUUAGAGUGGUAUUUAGUACAUUUCAUAUAUUUUUUUGAAUGGCUUGUAUUUUUGUACCAUUCCAUAUUGUGUUACGUAAUUUUAUUUAUUCUUGGACCUGUCAGAUACAUAGAAUUUUGUGGGGGAUCUGUGGCCUAGUCAACUUUUGAAUAGAAUAUAAGCAUUAUUCAUAUCCUGCUGUACAUGAUUAAGUGUGCAAUGUCAAGUUCUGUUUCACCAUUCUAUUUACAAAACACAAUUUGUCUAAAAACAUUCCAAAUGCUUGACUGAAUACUUGUAAGAAUAUGAAAUAAAAUUCAUCAUUAUGGUCUUGCAAAUUGUUAUAUAAAUAAACCUUGUGCAAAGCUACAUCACCAAAUCCUUCCCUAAGGUUAGUCAUUACUUUUUCCGUGUACUCUGUUCAUAAAGAACAUUUAGUACAUUUCCUUAACAAUAGUAUUAAUGGAGAGUUUCAUAAUUUUAUUCAAAGGUGUAAACAUUGUUAUUGUAUCUGUACACAGCUUCGAAAUUGAGUUUUAUUAUUUUUGUCCCCAUGAUUUUUCAGAGCAGAUAUUGAGAUAGCUAAUGGCUCCUUUUGUUUCUAAACAAUAUACAUAUAGAACCUUUACAUCUCAUUUAUUUUUUAUUUUUUUAUUAAAAUGCAUGCACGUUUUUUAACACUUAUUACCUACUUCUUUUUAGUAUAAUAAACAUGACAUUGUUAAUGCAUA